AGAUUAUGUAGUCAGAAUGAAAGUGAGGUUAUAGAAUAUACAGAUCAUUUCAUGCAACUAACCGUCAUUUCUGAUAGGUCAAUGAAUACACGUUAUGCGAAGGAAGGCCGAUACGCAUAUGCUCAAUUUCCGCCAUUUUUGUCUCCCUCUACCGGCGUUAUUUUGUAACGAAAAUAAAAAAUGAUUUAGAGAAAGUAAUCUAUAUCGUUUAUAACUUCAUUCCACAGUUAAUAACGUGCAAUGACGUGUCUUGCUGCUUGUAACUUGACAAAUUUAUUGAUAUCUGUGGAAUUAUUGUAAUUAUAUUAUAAUUAACAAAAUGUUAACAAAAUUUGAAACAAAAUCGGCUCGAGUUAAGGGUUUAUCUUUUCAUCCAAAACGUCCCUGGGUCCUUGCUAGUUUACACAAUGGUGUUGUACAAUUAUGGGAUUAUCGCAUGUGUACUCUCUUAGACAAAUUCGAUGAACAUGAUGGUCCUGUAAGAGGAAUAUGUUUCCAUAGUCAACAACCUUUGUUUGUAUCUGGUGGCGAUGAUUAUAAAAUCAAAGUAUGGAAUUAUAAGCAACGUAGGUGUAUUUUUACAUUAUUAGGCCAUCUGGAUUAUAUUAGGUCAACAGUGUUUCAUCAAGAAUAUCCAUGGAUCCUGAGUGCUUCGGAUGACCAGACCAUACGUAUCUGGAAUUGGCAAAGUCGUACUUGUAUUUGCGUUUUAACCGGUCAUAAUCACUAUGUAAUGUGUGCUCAAUUUCAUCCAACUGAAGAUAUUAUUGUAUCUGCGUCAUUGGAUCAGUCUGUUAGAGUUUGGGACAUAUCAGGAUUACGCAAAAAAAAUGUAGCUCCUGGACCAGGUGGUUUAGAAGAUCACUUAAAAAAUCCUGGAGCUACAGAUCUAUUUGGACAAGCUGAUGCCGUAGUCAAACAUGUUUUGGAAGGUCAUGACCGAGGCGUUAACUGGGCUUGUUUCCAUCCAUCGUUACCAUUAAUUGUCUCUGGAGCCGAUGAUCGUCAAAUUAAGAUGUGGCGUAUGAACGAUGCUAAAGCUUGGGAGCUAGAUACUUGCCGGGGACACUAUAAUAAUGUUUCCUGCGUUUUAUUUCAUCCUAGGCAAGACUUAAUUCUAUCUAAUUCGGAAGAUAAAAGCAUAAGAGUAUGGGAUAUGACUAAACGCACAUGCUUGCACACGUUUAGAAGAGAACACGAAAGAUUUUGGGUACUUGCUGCGCAUCCUACUUUAAAUUUGUUUGCAGCCGGUCACGACUCUGGUAUGAUAAUCUUCAAAUUGGAGAGGGAAAGACCAGCUUAUGCGUUCUAUGGAAAUCUACUUUAUUACGUAAAGGAACGUUUCCUUCGUAAAUUAGAUUUUACUACUUCUAAAGAUACUUCAGUGAUGCAAAUUCGUGGUGGAGGAAAGACGCCCCCGUACAGCAUGUCAUUCAAUCAAGCAGAAAAUGCUGUUCUUAUUUGUACAAGAUCACCCUCAAAUAUUGAGAACAGUACUUAUGAUCUUUAUGUGAUACCGCGCGAAGGUGACUCCAAUACAGAUGCUGAUACCAAACGUGCUUCCGGUGUCACUGCCAUUUGGGUUGCUAGGAAUCGUUUUGCAGUUUUAGAUAGAGCGUACUCAUUGGUCAUAAAGAAUUUAAAAAAUGAAGUAACGAAGAAAGUACAGAUCCCAAAUUGCGAUGAAAUAUUUUAUGCUGGUACAGGUAUGUUACUCCUAAGAGAUGCAGACCAAGUCACACUUUUUGAUGUCCAACAAAAAAGAACUUUAGCCGAAGUGAAAAUUUCUAAAUGUAGAUAUGUGGUUUGGUCUAAUGACAUGUCUCAUGUUGCUUUGUUGGCUAAACAUACCGUCAACAUUUGCAAUCGCAAAUUAGAAUCUCUCUGUUCUAUUCCUGAAAAUACAAGAGUCAAAUCUGGAGCUUGGGAUGAUUCUGGAGUAUUUAUAUAUACUACUAGCAAUCAUAUCAAAUAUGCAAUUAAUAAUGGUGAUCAUGGUAUCAUUCGUACGUUGGAUUUACCUAUUUAUGUAACUAGAGUAAAAGGAAACCAAGUAUAUUGUCUUGACAGAGAAUGUAGACCAAGAAUCCUACGUAUAGAUCCGACAGAAUAUAAAUUCAAAUUAGCUCUUAUUAAUAGAAAAUACGAGGAAGUAUUACACAUGGUUCGCACGGCUAAUCUUGUAGGUCAAUCCAUAAUAGCAUAUUUGCAACAAAAAGGAUAUCCAGAAGUUGCAUUACAUUUUGUUAAAGAUGAAAAAACAAGAUUCGGGCUUGCCCUUGAAUGUGGUAAUAUUGAAGUUGCUUUGGAGGCAGCAAGAUCUUUAGAUCAAAAAUCAUGUUGGGAAAGUUUAGCACAAGCUGCUUUAAUGCAAGGCAAUCAUCAAGUUGUAGAAAUGUGUUAUCAAAGAACUAAGAAUUUUGAGAAAUUGUCGUUUCUUUACCUCAUUACUGGGAAUUUGGAAAAGUUACGUAAAAUGAUAAAAAUUGCAGAAAUACGAAAAGAUGUAUCUGGACAGUAUCAAGGUAGCUUGCUACUUGGUGAUAUUUAUGAACGGGCAAAAAUCUUGAGGAACUCAGGUCAAGCAUCGUUAGCCUAUGUAACGGAAAAAAUUCAUGGCAUUUCAAAUGAAGACGAUGACAUUCAGUAUAGCUCUAUGCAGGAUGAACUUUCAGCGCUUGAAAAAGGAGCUGUAUAUCUUCAUCCACCAGUACCUAUUCAACAAGCCGAAAAUAAUUGGCCGCUGUUGACCGUUUUGAAAGGCUUCUUCGAGAGCGCUAUGAUGUCUCGUGGUAAGAGUCAAGUGGCUGCAGCUUUGGCUCCAGAAGAUGAUACCGCAGUUGUUGCGGAUGGUUGGGGUAAUGAUGAAGAAUUAGGAAUUGACGACGAAGAAGGUAUUGAUGCGGCAGAACCUAACGCGGAAGGGGAAGACACCGCCGGUUGGGAUGUUGAAGAUGUAGAUCUUCCUCCAGAACUAGAAAAUGCAAUACCAUUGUCCGAAGAUGGUUAUUAUGCUAUUCCGACGAGAGGAGUGCCGCAAACGCAACACUGGGUUAAUAAUUCUCAACUGAGUGUAGAUCAUAUACUAGCUGGAUCUUUUGAAACAGCUUUCAGAUUAUUGAAUAGUCAAGUUGGCGUCGUUGAAUUUGCACCUUACCAAUCUCUCUUUUUAAAUACGUAUGCUCGUGCCAGGACAUCGUUUGCAUCUUUACCAAAUAUAUUAUCAUUAUAUGGAUAUCCUCAAAGAAAUUGGAAAGAUGCUACGCCAAAAACUAAUUUACCUGCAGUCGGAUUACACCUUACAGAUUUAGUUCAAAGACUUCAAGUUUGUUAUCAAUUAACAACGGGAGGGAAAUUUGCCGAAGCGAUUGAAAAACUGCAGGCAAUAUUACUUAGCAUUCCAUUAUUAGUUGUUGAUACUAAACAAGAUAUCGCGGAAGCUCAACAAUUAAUUCAAAUAUGUCGAGAAUAUAUUUUAGGUUUAAAAAUGGAAACGGAAAGGAAAAAUCUGCCGAAAAAUACAUUAGCCGAACAAAAACGAAUUUGUGAAAUGGCUGCGUAUUUUACUCAUUGUAAUUUGCAACCAAUUCAUCAAAUUUUAACUUUAAGAAUAGCUGCUAAUAUAUUUUUCAAGUUAAAGAAUUACAAAACUGCUGGUUCUUUCGCCAGAAGAUUGCUUGAACUUGGUCCCAAGCCUGAAUUGGCACAGCAAGUUCGAAAACUUUUACAGGCAUGCGAUAAAAAUCCGAGCGAUGAGCAUCAAUUGGCUUACGACGAACAUAAUCCAUUCUCGUUAUGUGCUAGCACAUUUACGCCCAUUUAUAGAGGCAAACAAGAAGUAAAAUGUCCACUUUGCGGAGCAAGCUAUCAACCUCAGUUUAAAGAAUCAUUAUGCAGAAUUUGCGAAGUUGCAGAGAUCGGCAAAGAGUGCAUUGGAUUAAAAAUACAUAUAAACAUUUAGCAUGGAUGACGAUGUAUGUAUAGAUAUAAAGGACCACAAUAGGAUGUGCUCGCUAAGAGCACGUAAACGAAUAGAAUUGUCGAAAAUAAUGAAACAAAUGAAUGUCUUGUAAACUGGAUUUGAUUAUUUUUAAAUAACAAUAUCAAAGUUAAAUACGAGUAUAAAUCGUAAAAUGUAUUUUAAUGCAAAUUAUG